AUGGCACCCUAUCUGUUAACCGAAGCAGAGCCUGCCGCAUCAGUUAGUCAGUACGACAAUCACCUACCUUUGAAAGAGCCAAUUGUGCACGUGAAUGAGCAAUUGGCCCAAUUCAGCCUUGAGUUAUCAUCUGAGCUCGAGGAAUUCUGUACAAAUUCUGGAAUCACUUCUCACAAAAUUCUCCUGGUCGCCUGGGCUAUCACGCUCCGAUAUUAUACCGCUUCCGAAUCAGUGUCUCUCGGCGAUACAAUAUGGCAAACUGAUGGAACGCUCUGCAAUUCGACGUACGAGGUGGAAUUGAAUGACGACACGCCUCUUCUGCUUGCCGUCGAGCAAUUCCAGUACACUUCGCACCCCGAUUUAAAGAGCAAUGGAGCUUCGCCGGAACCCCAAGUUGUUGAUACUUUCGUGGUACAAAGACCGUCAAUCUCAGGGCUGCCGAUUGAUAGCCGCCCUGCUUUCGACAUAAAAGGAUGUAAAAAUCCUCUCUCGCACACUGUCGUCGUCGAUGUGGUCAACAACGGGUUCACAGAACAAGUGGAAUUGGACAUGUAUCUCAAUGAAACAUUGGGGAAACGCAUAGACAAUAUGUCGAAGACUUUCCAACAGGUUGUAGCUGAGAUGCUCCUUAAACCUACUGGGAAGUUGGGGGACUUGGAUUUAUGCAGCCCCUGGGAUUUUACCCAACUAGCAACGUGGAAUGGUGAAAUAUCCAUUGAAGGCUCAGAUAAGUGCCUCCACGACUUAAUUCGCUUGCGAUGCGCGCAACACCCAAAUGAUAUUGCUAUACAGUCCUGGGACGGAACACUAUCUUAUUGGCAGCUUGAUGAGCUAUCAUCUAGCCUAGCAUCUCAACUUACUGCUUCGCACCCUAGCGUUGGGCACGAGACUUUUGUUCCUUUGUUGUUCGAAAAAUCCAAAUGGACCGUGGUGGCUAUCCUCGCAGUGAUGAAGGCGGGCGCUGCCUUUGUCUUACUGGACCCCUCCUUACCACUUAUGCGCCUACAGCAUAUAUGCCGUCAGGUUAAGGCGACGGUUGUUAUUACUUCUUCUCAAAACGUUCUCCUCGCCGAUGAUUUGGCAACUUCAGUUUUCGUCGUCAGUGAAAAAUCCGUUGCUGCAGACUGCUCCCUAUCCUGGACCGCCCCUUCUGUUCGCCCUUCAAAUGCCUUAUAUGCAAUUUUCACAUCUGGUUCGACAGGGAACCCUAAAGGGAUCAUUAUCGAGCACGGUUCUUUCCUCUCUAGCGCGCUUGCAUAUGUCAAAACCGUGGAUUUAAACCGAAGUUCCAGGGUCUUGCAAUUUGCGUCCUACGCCUUCGAUGUGAGCAUUUCUGAUACCUUGUAUAGUUUACUGGCCGGCGCUACACUUUGUAUCCCCUCUGAUAUCGAACGAAAUAACAAUCUAGCCGAAGUGAUUGACAGCUUGAAACCGAACUGGAUGGAUCUCACUCCUUCUUUUCUGCGAUCUCUGUCACCUGCAGAUCUUUACACGGUUAAGACAAUCGUUCUGAGUGGUGAAGCAAUGACCCAAGAUGUUAUUGCUAAGUGGGAUAGUGAAGUACGCCUGUUAAACGUGUAUGGGCCGUCUGAAUGUUCAAUUCAGUCUACCGCUCAGACUGUUGUUGCCAAUGAUCCAGUAAAUAUUGGCCAUGCCAUUACUGGAGCCUCCUGGGUUGUUAGUCCAUCAGACCAUAACCGGCUGAUGCCGAUAGGCGCCAUUGGAGAGCUUCUUAUCGAAGGGGCCCAUGUCGGCCGGGAGUACAUAGAUAACCCAGAACAUACCCGCAAGGCGUUUCUCCAGAGCACAGAAUGGCUUCCUGAGUUCCGCAAGGACCACCAGCCAUUAUACAAGACUGGCGAUCUGGUCCAUUACCAGUCGGACGGCUCCCUUCGGUAUAUUGGCCGGAAGGAUACCCAGGUGAAGCUUCGUGGGCAGCGCAUUGAGCUAGGUGAAGUAGAACAUUAUGCUCGUGAAUGCUUUGCUGAAGCAAGGGACGUUGUGACAGAAAUGGUGAAGCCGAUGUACGAAGGCGGAGCGCCCAUGCUUAUCGCGUUCAUCUAUUGUUGUGAAGCGACCAACGGACAUAAUGGUAGUGAGCCUAAAAAAGAUACCAUAUUCGCCCAGCCAGAUGCCUCUUUUCGCAGUAGCACCAUCCAAACCAGGGAGAGGAUGGCUAAUCACCUUCCUGCCUAUAUGAUCCCGACUGUAUUCAUUCCAUUGCUACGGAUUCCCCUUUCGACUACGGGCAAAACCGAUAGGAAACUACUACGAUCCCAGGCUGCAGCCCUCUCUCGAGUCGAAUUAGAAGCCUAUUCUAUGACCACGAAUAAGCCGCGGAUAUCGCCGUCAACCAAUAUGGAGAAGUGCCUGCACUCGAUAUUUGCGGAAGUCCUCAAUUUGGCCCCGGAAAUGCUCAGUAUCGAUGACGACUUUUUCCAUAGUGGCGGGGACUCCAUCACCGCCAUGCAAGUAAUUAGUCAGUGUCGGAAGCAAGGGAUCACUCUAGUUCUCAGUGAGAUCUUCCGUUUAAAGACGAUUAUAAAACUUGCGAAAGGUGCUACGUUUGGAGCAGCAUCCUCGUUAUCACGUCAACAGCAGGAAGAUCGGAUUGGAGUGCCGUUUGGGCUGUCCCCAAUCCAAGACAUGUAUUUUGAAGACUGUCCCGAAGGCCACAACGACUUUAACCAAAGCUUUUUCCUAACAUUUUCCCGGGCGGUUGGAGAGGUAGAAUUGAUCAGGGCCAUAGAGCUUCUAAUCACGCGUCACUCAAUGCUUAGGGCCCGUUUUCAUCGCUCCACUGAAGGGAAAUGGACACAAUCUAUCUCGCAAGACGUUGAUGGCUCUUACCGGUUGGAAAGUCAUCGUUUGUCCCACAGAGAAGAAGUCACGUCAAUCAUGGUGGACAGUCAAAAAAGAUUGAAUCCUCAAACUGGGCCACUAUUUUCAGUUGAUUUCAUUGAGAUUGAACAUGAUGAAUCCCAAUAUGUGUUUUUCGUUGCUCACCACUUGGUUAUUGACCUGGUGUCUUGGAGAAUAUUAUUGAGCGAGUUAGAAGAGUUUUUGGAAACAGGAGCCGUCUCUCAAGAAAUUCCUAUACCAUUUCAAGCGUGGUACCGUUUACAGUCCGAGUAUGCUCAAAAACACUUACCACCGCAAAAAGCCCUUCAUUUCAAGCCUACCCCCUUAGAAACUGAUUAUUGGGGCAUGAAGGGUCGUAAAAAUAUCUAUGACAAUGUCAUCCACGCACACUUGAAAGUCGACGAAGAGUUAACAAAUAACCUGCUCAAGGACGCCAAUUUAGCCUUUGAUACCCAACCAGUUGAGAUUUUGCAUGCCUCCCUUUUACAUUCUUUUAUGAGAUGCUUUCCCGACCGAGACCCACCUCUCAUUUUUAACGAAGGCCAUGGUCGGGAACCGUGGGAUAGUUCUAUUGAUAUUUCAAGAACAGUCGGCUGGUUCACGACCAUUUGGCCAACUGAAGUCCUAGUGGACGAUAGGAAUGACGUUGUCGACAUAGUUAGGCGCGUCAAGGACGGCAGGCGAAAAGUGCCAGGUAGAGGAUGGCCUUACUUUGCCUCCAGAUAUCUUAAUGAUGAAGGUAGAGCGGCAUUUAACGGAUACACGCCCUUCGAAAUCGUCUUUAAUUUCCAUGGCCUUUACCAGCAGCUUGAGCGUAAAGACGGUCUCCUUCAGCAAGUGCCGUGGAAGUACGAGGCGUCUUGUGACAAUGGGCCUAAUGUGGUACUCCCGGGACUUUUCGAAAUUACUGCAGUUAUUAUUCAUGGUAGCCUCCAGUUCGAAUUCAUGUACAGCCGGGAAAUGGAGCACCAAAGCGCCAUAAGCCAAUGGAUCAGGGACAGUGCUAACUCUCUCCGCGAAGCAGUUGAAGGCCUGAUGGUGCAUAAGGAGUCCCCUACCUUAAGCGACUUUCCACUCCUACCUUUGUCUUAUAAUGGAUUGACUCACCUUACCACCGACGUCCUCCCUCAUUUUGGGAUAUCAUUAGACGAUAUAGAUGAAAUAUACCCCUGUCUCCCCAUGCAAGAGGGCAUCUUGCUCAGCCAAAUCCGGAACACUUCACAUUAUCAGACCCGUACGAUGAUUGAGCUCAUUUCGUCUACUGGCUCUAUCGAUUUGGAUCGGGUUUAUGACGCUUGGCAACAGGUUACAGAUCGUCACUCUGCUCUUAGGACCGUUUUUGUAAAGAGUAGCAUCCCCGGGGCUAUUUACGACCAGUUGGUAUUGAAAUCCAUGCCAGCCAAAGUUUGUGUACUGCCCUGCGCGGAGAAUGAUGGAGCGAUUGAAAUGCUCUACAAGGAACGAAAGACCUUCAGUGAACUUGGACAGGCUUUACAUCUACUCACGGUUUGCAAAAACUCCAAUGGCCAAGUCCUUGCCGACCUUGGGUUCAACCACGCAAUCAUUGAUGGCAUGUCCAUUUCUACAUUAUUAAACGAUUUCAAGCUUGCAUACAUGGGAGAACUCCCCGCAACCCAAGGUCCACGCUAUAGCCAGUUUGUUACUUACAUUCGGAGUAUGCAUCAGCAAGUGACUCGUGACUACUGGAUGAGUUACCUGAGAAGUCCUGAGCCCUGCUUGUUCCCAGUCCUCACGGACGGUAUGUUUCUAGUUACAGGGCAAGAAACCAACAAGCUAGAGAGGGUAGAUAUAAACCUUGGAGAUUUGUCGAAACUACAUGAAUGGUGUAGAGAACGCGACAUCACGUUAUCAACAUUACUCAGAGUGUCCUGGGCUCUUGUUCUGCGAUGUUUUACGCAUAUGGAUGACGUAUGUUUUGGAUAUAUGAAUUCAGGAAGGGAAGCGCCCGUGGAUGGUAUCGAAGACGUUGUUGGCCUAUGUGCUAAUAUCAUUAUUUGCCGGUUGGAACUCUCCAAGGAUAGGAGUAUCAGUGAUAUUUUCCAAGCAGAUAAAGCCGACUUCCUCAACUCUCUGUCACAUCAGAAUGUCUCAUUAGCCGACAUUCUGCAUUCGAUAAAAGUGUCUAACCAAACAUUAUUUAAUACUGUUUUAUCGAUACAAAACAAGUCAAAGCCCGAGGAGAACGGAGAUUUCAUUGUGAAGGAAUUGUUUGAAAAUGAUCCGACCGAAUACAGUAUCAGCGCCAAUAUCGAGCUAUCUGACAGAGAUAUCAGUGCAUAUCUUAGCUUCUGGACAGCGAGCCUAUCUAAUUGGCAAGCCCACAAUGUUUCUACCACAUUCAGCCAUAUUAUCUCCGAGAUAGUGACCUCUCCAAGCCGAUCCACUGUCGAUAGCUUAAACUACUUUAGUGUAGUUCAUAAACAACAAGUUGCAAAAUGGAAUACCAACCUUUCAGCGACAGUGGACGCCUGUACCCACGAACUGAUUCAAAAACGCUGUCACGACCAGCCUGAGGCUCAGGCCAUCUGCUCUUGGGACGGAAACCUGACCUAUGGUGAGCUAGAUGAGAUGUCGUCCAAACUGGCUACCAGCCUCGUUGCCGCGGGUGUGAGGCCAGAAUCCAUUGUGCCGUUAUUCUUUGAGAAGUGUAAAUGGGUCCCGGUAGCAAUUCUGGGAGUGCUCAAAGCAGGUGGCGCCUUUGUGCUGCUUGACCCAGCGUACCCAAAGCAACGUCUCCAAAAAAUAUAUCAGGAUACUAGUGCGACUGUUGUCGUGUCGUCUCUGCAGCUUUCUACCGGUGCCAAACAAUUGACAGAUCAAGUUUUCGUUGUAAGUGAAGACGUAUCAUCCUGGAGCAAGGAUGAGGCCCUCCUACGGGCCGUGCCAGUCUCUCCUAAGAAUGCCAUGUACUCGAUUUUUACUUCUGGAUCAACAGGAGAACCAAAAGGCGUUAUUAUUGAGCAUGCGGCCUUUCUCACCUGUGCUCGAGGGCAUAGUGCUGCGUUUUAUUUGGACUCUGGAAGCCGAGCCUUCCAGUUCGCAUCAUAUACCUUCGAUGUUACUAUCUGUGAGUUAGUAACCGUGCUCCUUGUCGGCGGCUGCAUAUGUACUCCAUCCGAAGCAGAACGAUUAAACGAUAUGUCCGGGGCAGUAGCAAGACUAAAUGCAAACUGGGUGGUUAUUACACCUGCCUUGGCUAGAGCACUAGAUCCGUCUCGUUUCAGCACUCUCAAAACCAUGGUUAUAGGGGGCGAACUCAUCACAACUGCAGAGACACACCUUUGGUGCGACAAACUUCGAUUAGUUUUAGCCUAUGGCCCUUCAGAGUGUGCAGUAGCAUGUACAGCCUCGAACCCAGUAAAACAAACUACUGACCCUCGGAACUUGGGGCAUAUGUUCGCUAGCUCUUCGUGGGUAGUUGACCAGCAUGACCAUAACAAGUUGGUUCCAAUCGGUUCCGUCGGCGAAUUGGUCAUUGAGGGGCCUAUUAUUGCUCGUGAAUAUAUCAAUCGUCCAGAGAAGAAUGCAGAAACGUUUGUCAAAGAUCCAUCAUGGCUGUAUGAUUUCCGUUGGGGCAGGGGGUCGCGAUUCUAUAAAACUGGCGACCUCGUCCAAUAUGCUGUUGAUGGCACUGUCCGAUAUGUCGGACGGAAGGAUACGCAAAUCAAACUCCGAGGCCAACGUCUUGAGCUUGGUGAGAUCGAACAUCGUCUACGACAAGCAUUCCAUGGCUCCAAGGAUGUCAUUGUCGACGUCGUUCUCUCCAGCAUAAGGAAGACUCGAGUUCUGAUCGGCUUUGUAUUCUGUGGUAAUAAAGCUGGUGUAUCCUCAGAUAAGAUUUGGGAAACACGUACGGAAGAUUUCACAUUAUGCGCACAGGAAGCAAGGGAAAGACUACAGGCUACGCUACCGAGUUAUAUGGUCCCAGAGUCCAUCCUCCCAUUGGCAAAUAUUCCCCUUACCAAGAAUGGGAAAUUCGACAGAAACCUCCUACGAAAGGAAGUUGAGGCGAUGUCUUCCGAAGCCCUCCUCAUGCUGGGAACUGACGAUAAAUCCAAGCGUGGACCAUCGAACGAGGUAGAACGAAAGCUCCAGGAGCUUGUUUGCAGUGUACUUGGGUUAUCAAAAGAUGACGUGGGUAUAGAUGACAGCUUUUUCCACCUCGGAGGAGACUCUAUCAGCGCAAUGAAACUGGUCGGCGCAGCAAGGGCAGAGAAAUUGGGUAUUACUGUUGCCGAUAUAUUCAACCACCCAAAGAUUGGGGAUUUGACGUCUGUUCUACGAUGCGAGUUUGAUUUGAAGGCUGAAACAAUUGAGCCGUUUUCGAUGUUAGGGAAUGCCGAAGCCCGCAAUAGCGCAAUCCAACGGGUCAUCAACACAGGCUUGAUCGAUAGAGAAAAUAUUGAGGAUAUAUACCCAUGCACCCCUCUCCAAGAGGGUAUGAUGGCACUCAGUAUCAAGGUCCCAGGCGCCUAUACAAUGCAACAUGUUUUCAGGAUACCAAAAUCAGUUGAAAUCAAACAAUUGCAAGCGGCGUGGGAUAAGACGAUCGAUUCAAACCCUAUACUGCGAACAAGGAUCUAUCAAGGUGACUCUGGGAAGGCUCAGCAAGUCGUUGUUCGUGAACGCGUCCAGUGGGGAGAAGCCAGUGAUUUGGAUACCUACCUUACUCAAGACCGAGGCUGUCCAGUGAAGCUGAUGGAGCCCCUAAUUAGGCUCGCAUUGAUCAAGAGUCAGGCCGACGAUUCCGAGAGAUAUGUGGCUAUAACAUUACACCACACACUGUAUGAUGGAUGGUCAGAAUGUCUCCUCCUGGAAGCUGUUGAAGCAGCUUAUCGGGGCCAAGAAUUGAAGCAACGGCCAUUUGUUCCACUGAUAAAACAUAUUUCUGACGGCCAUGAAGCUGCUCGCAAUUUCUGGCGUACGCAGUUUACUGAAGUCAAAGCAGUUGCAUUCCCAUCCCUACCCUCUGAAAACUACUCUGCGGACCCUAGUUCUUCGAUUCAACGAUUAGUUCCUUUGACAUCCUCCCACCAAAAUGGCUUCACUCUAAAUUCUCAGCUGCGCUUAGCCUGGGCCGUUGUCGUCUCGCAAUACACAGCUUCGGACGAUGUGGUGUUCGGGGUGACAGUGACAGGACGUGAUGCCCAGGUUCCUGAAAUUGAGAGUAUGCUUGGUCCUGCGCUUGCCACGAUUCCUCUUAGGGUCCAGCUACGUCCGGCGGCCAAUGUUAUAGACCAUUUAAGAGAUGUGCAAGAUCAUUUUGCCCAGUCUAUUCCCUUUGAACAAUUUGGGUUGCAAAAUAUCAGCGCCCUCGGGGAGGAUGCAGCUGCAGCCUGCCGAUUCCAAAGUCUGCUGCUCGUUCAGCCAUAUGUGGAAGAACCUCAGUGGGAUAUAUUCAGUCAACAAGUGCCAUUGCCAGACCAAGCAACUUUCGACACAUAUCCAUUGACGCUGCAGUGCACUUUGAACAAAGAUUCUAUCGACGUCCAAGCUAUAUUCGAUGCAAAUGUUCUGUCUCACGAAAUGAUGGACAGGGUUCUCAGUCAAUUUGUGCAUGUCUUCCAGGAAACAAUGAAGGAUGUAUCAAAGUCUCUUGAGAAUAUCGAUUUAAUCAACCCUCAGGAUUUGGCCUUAUUGAAAAAAUGGAAUGGUGAGCCACCGCAAAAGCAGGAGCUACUUAUCCACGAACUCAUCAAAAAGCAGUGUGAAGCUCACCCUGACGCUGAGGCAGUCUGCGCAUGGGAUGGCGAUCUCACAUAUGGCCAACUGGAUAACUUCACUUCACGACUGGCAGCGUACCUAAACAGCCUAGGGGUAGGCACCGAGAUGAUCAUUCCAUUAUGUUUUGAAAAAUCGAAAUGGACAACCGUUGCAAUGCUUGGGGUGAUCAGGGCGGGCGCUGCAUUCGUCCUCCUAGAUCCAUCUUCCCAGCCAGUCCAGCGAAUGGGAGAAAUGUGUCAACAGGUCAGCGCUACCUUGAUCCUUUCGUCAGCAACAUACGCCUCAAAGAUCCAAUCACUCAACUACGAGAUUGUUACAAUUGCGGAAUCAGAGCCGGUUUGGACGACCGACGUCAGUAACUGGCAUCCUCCAUCAAUCGAACCUCAUAACGCUGUUUACUCCGUAUUUACCUCUGGAUCAACUGGAAAACCCAAAUGUAUUACUAUUGAACAUCUUGGAUUUGCCAGUAGCGCGGAUGCCAACAGGGAGAUCUUAGGUCUAGGACCUAAAACUCGGGUCCUUCAGUUUUCAUCGUACUCGUUUGACGUUUGUAUUGAGAACAACCUUACUACGCUCGUCGCAGGUGGCUGCAUUUGUGUUCCUUCAGAGGAAGACUGCAAGGGUGACCUUGCAAAGUCAGCCCGGGACUUCAAGGCAACCUACGCUGAUUUGACCCCUUCGGUAGCUCGAAUACUAGAGCCUCAUGAUAUGCCAACUGUCGAAAUUGUCAUUCUGGGUGGUGAGGCAAUGGCAACGGAGGAUGUUGCUCGCUGGUCCAAGGCGGUCCGCCUGGUCAACGCGUACGGCCCUGCUGAGUGUUCCGUGACUUCUACCAUCCAGCCUGACAUAGGGCGGCAGGUGAACCCAGCCAAUAUCGGGCGCCCUUGUGCUGCGAGAUGCUGGGUUGUGGAUAGAUCUGAUCAUUCAAGGCUACUUCCGAUUGGAGCUAUUGGUGAGUUGAUAGUCGAGGGCCCAAUUGUUGGCCGUGGCUAUUUGAACAAUCCUGCUGCGUCUGAAGCCUUUAUCAAAACACCGGCCUGGCUGUCUACCAUCCGAGAAGGCGAAAGCUAUCGAAUGUAUAAGACUGGUGACUUAGUUCAAUACAACCUUGAUGGAACGCUUACAUUCAUCGGGAGGAAGGAUUUACAGGUCAAGCUCAACGGACAGAGAAUCGAGCUCGGCGAAGUUGAAUCACACGUUCGACGCCAUUUCCAAGCUACUCGAGACGUUGUGGUUCAAGUGAUAACGCAUACUGAACUCGGUAACCAUCCACGACUCGUUGCAUUUAUCUGGCAAGGACGCGAGCAAAAUGGCCAUUCAAAACACAGUAGGUCCUCGCUAUUUGAGGCCUCGACUGAGCUUUUCCGUCAAAAUGUCAAAGCUGCGGAGGAAAUGCUUCGGCAAUCGCUGCCGAACUUCAUGGUGCCAACGACAUUUAUACCGCUGUCUGAACUGCCGUUAGCCGCAUCUGGGAAAACCGAUCGAAAACGCCUACGGGAAGCCGCGCUGACAUUAUCCCGUGAAGAUAUCCAGGCGUACGCCCCCUCGAGGGACAGACGACCGGUAUCCACGGAGAUGGAACGCAAGAUUCAAGCAAUCUGGGCUAAGACGCUCAAGAUCAGUCUGUCCGAAAUCAGCGCAGGGGAUAGUUUCUUCCAGCUCGGAGGCGAUUCCAUUGCAGCCAUGAAAGUUGCUGCGGCAGCGAAGGCCGACGGUGUUUUCAUCUCUCUUCCAGACCUCUUCCAAAAUGCCUGUCUAGAGAAACUUGCUAAGGCUGGAGAGGCCAAAGCAAACAUCACCGACGAACCGAUUGAUUGGAAGAGAGAGGUAGCCGUUUGCCCCGGACUUGAGCUGCCCCUGACAAAACUUACACCCCGCCAGUCAUCAGAGAGCAAAAUUGAAGUCAUCUUGACCGGAUGUACUGGCUUCUUGGGCUACGAAGUCCUCCGCCAGCUUGAAGAUAGCCCUGAGAUUUCCAAGAUUCACUGCGUCGCUAUCCGAGCCAAAGGGACAGGAGUAGCAAGGAAUGGAAACCUCAAGUCCGAAAAGAUCGCGACGUACACGGGAGAUCUAUCUCUACCACGACUUGGGUUAUCAGAAGCAGACGAGGAGCGUAUCUUAGCCCGAUGUGGAGCGAUAAUCCACUGCGGUGCGCUGGUUUCUUUUGUUCAGGGGUAUCAAACUCUCUAUGGACCGAACGUAGCGUCGACAAAGGAGAUUACAAGAUGGGCUAUGAAACACUUCAUUCCUUACCACUUCGUCUCGACUGCAGGAGUAGGCCAUCUCAGUGGCGCCGAGUUCUUCGACCAGGUAUCUGUUGCAGCCCAUCCACCCCCUACUGACGGAUCAGACGGAUACACUUCAUCCAAAUGGGUGAGCGAAGUAUACCUGGAAAACGUGAAUGAGAAGUUCGGGCUACCGGUCUACAUCCAUCGACCGACAAAUAUCAUUGGCACUGGCACAUCUCAGAUAGAUGUAGUCAAUAACCUCCUAACAUAUUCCCGCAAGACGAAGAUGGUUCCUCGCUGCCCGAACUGGACGGGAUACCUGGACCUUAUCAAUGUCAAAUACGUCGCCUCUGACAUCAUUGAGAGCGUACUGAAGCCGGGGUCUCCUACGCCCACGGAGAGAUAUGGCGUGGAAUACAUCCACGAGGGAGGCGAAAUCGUGGUACCUAUUCAGCAAUUGGGAGAAUACUUAGGCAAGGAAGCCGGUGGCCCUCCGUUUGAGAUUGUGGCCUUGGACGAAUGGGUUACUACUGCUAGGGAACAUGGAAUGAAUCCGCUGGUUGGCGAUUAUCUAAAGGACUUGCGAGACCAGGAUAUCGAAGUGUCACUUCCUUUGGCCAAAUGCAAUCGCACGAUGGAGACAUUGGCUGCCUUGAACUGGGGAAAUACAGUCCAUACAAGUGUUGUGAAUGGCACAACUGGGUCGAACGGCUGCAACGGGAAUAUCAAGUUGGCAAAUGGGACGAAUGGAGUUGACGGUGCAAACGGGCACAUUGAUGGAAAGACGGAGAAGUGA